CACGAACUAUGGGUUGUCUAAAAUUGGCUUUAUACAGGGAACAUUUAAAAAAUCAGAAUAUACACAUACAUGAAAUAUGUAUCAGUGAUCUGUAUUUUCUAUGUGUAUAUUCCGAUUAUUCAAAUAUUUCCUGUAACAGAAUAAUAAAUAAACUAACUCGAGUUCUGUGCGAUAUUUGCGAAUUAUAAAUUACUUAAAGCGAUAAAGAUAUACGAAGUAUUCAUAUCUAAAAAAAUCUAAAUAUCAGAGGAGUAACAUCAGAAUACGUUACUGAACCACGAUGUCAAAGAAAACAUGCGCGAAAAGAUAUAAGGCAAGUGAACUAUUGCGGGAAAAUAUGGAUUCGGAGGUGUUUUUCGAAAAGUACACGUUAUCAGAGGAAGCCACGACGAAACUUGAAUCUCUCAGGGAAGCGCUGAAGAAUGACAUUGCCCAGGCUAAUCCAUUGUGGAAAGUGAUAGCAGGAGAGAAUGAAGAAACAAUAUCUUCAGAGAGUGAGGAGAGCGAUGAUAAUAAUAAUGAUGAUGAUGAUGAUGAGCCAAACAUCAGUGAAUCUCAAGCAAUGUGUAAUCAGUCAAUGCUACAAGUUUCUACUCAGUUUUACUUCACACAAUCUGAAAGAACAAUUAUAGAAUCUGAAAAAUCUGUUGGUAUACUACCACAAAAGUGUGAUAUUUUAGAGUCUGCUUGUGAAAGUUUAGAGCGAAAUAAUGGAAGAUUAGAUUUUGCUCAAUUAGACAACUUGUCCAAUGAAGAUCUUAUUCCACUGAUGGAUGAGAUGGCGAAGAAAUUAAGUUUAAAGGGUAUUUAUAAUCUGUGUCAGUCGAUGGACGAUAUGACUAUCGAGCAGAGAAUGAAAUAUCUCAAUAUAUUGUACACAUAUUUAUUAUUACCAAAGAUAAUCGAACUCGAGGAACCGUCUCGUUUAUUGUCAUCUGCAAUUGCCGAAUGCGUUAAAAAAUUUCCCGACGAAGUUCAACAGUUUAUAUUUGUUCCAAUUCUCAAUACUGAGCUGAAAGACGUAACUUUGAUAACAACUAUCAUAAACACGUACGAUCUGCAGAAAAGAACUGUUCUUUUAGAGCAGUUUCUUGCAUAUGUAGAAGAAUUGAAAACAUGGCACAUAUCUAUAUUGCAAAACUUCUUAUCUGUAAAACUCAAUCACAACAUGAUCGAUAAAAUUAUAAAACUAUUCUCGGCAAAAGCUCUUUAUUAUUCCAAAGAUAAGAACUUUGGGAAACUGAUACUGUCAUUAUUAAAAAUGAAUACAACACUGACUGAAGAGCAAAAGAAUCUAAUGGCAGAAAUCGCUACCGUCAAUGAAACGUUAUUUAAAAAACUUAUAGAAAAUAUUUUAAGGAAUAUGUAAUCUUUAAAUAA